CUCAGAGAUCAGGGUCAGUAACCGGUCGGUCCCCCGUCUCCUGUCUCCUGUCCUCUGUCUCCUGUCUCACCGCUGAUCUGAUGAGGUUCCAGCUCUCGGUAAUCGUGUAGAUUUCUGUAAGAACUCUAAAGGAACCGGUUCUGCUGAUCACUGUACUGUAGAUCAUCAUCCCUGAGUCAGAAUGAAGAGUCGUCCGCAGGAGUUUCAGGAGGAUUUCUACAUCCCCAUCCCUCUGGACACCAAUAACAUCACGGCCCUCAGCCCGUUCCUGGUCCCGCAGGACCAUCUAGGAGGGUCAGGGAUUUUCAUGAUCAUGACCGUCUUCAUGCUUUUCCUGUUUAUUGGUGGAACCAGCAUCAACGUCCUCACCAUCGUCUGCACCGUCCAGUACAAGAAGCUCCGAUCACAUCUCAACUACAUCCUGGUGAACCUGGCCAUCUCCAACCUGCUGGUCUCCACCGUCGGGUCCUUCACCGCCUUCGUCUCCUUCCUCAACCGAUACUUUAUUUUUGGACCCACAGCUUGUAAAAUUGAGGGAUUUGUUGCAACUUUAGGAGGUAUGGUGAGUCUGUGGUCUCUGUCGGUCGUGGCGUUUGAGAGGUGGCUGGUUAUCUGUAAACCUGUGGGGAAUUUCUCCUUUAAAGGAACUCACGCUAUAAUCGGCUGUGCUCUCACCUGGUUUUUCGCUCUGCUCGCCUCCACACCUCCACUGUUCGGCUGGAGCAGGUACAUCCCUGAAGGUCUGCAGUGUUCCUGUGGUCCAGACUGGUACACCACUGAAAACAAAUACAACAACGAGUCUUAUGUCAUGUUCCUCUUCUGCUUCUGCUUCGGAUUCCCGUUUACUGUUAUCCUUUUCUGCUACGGCCAACUGCUCUUCACUCUCAAAUCAGCGGCCAAAGCUCAGGCUGACUCCGCCUCCACGCAGAAGGCGGAGCGAGAGGUGACUAAGAUGGUGGUGGUGAUGGUGAUGGGGUUUCUGGUGUGCUGGCUGCCCUACGCCUCCUUCGCCCUGUGGGUGGUGUUUAACCGCGGGCAAUCGUUUGAUCUGCGGUUGGGAACGAUACCGUCCUGCUUCUCUAAAGCUUCUACCGUCUACAAUCCCGUAAUCUAUGUCUUCAUGAACAAACAGUUCCGCUCCUGCAUGAUGAAGCUGAUUUUCUGUGGGAAGAGUCCGUUUGGAGAUGAUGAAGAAGCCUCCUCCUCCUCUCAGGUGACCCAGGUGUCUUCUGUAGGACCGGAGAAAUAAAUCUAACGGACAGAAGAAUCACAAACACCUCCAGCGUCACACAGCGUCAUAAAGCCUCGGUAAGUCUGUUAGACGUUUGCAGGAAGGUGCGUCUCUGAGGCUCAGGUUAUUCAGCAGAGCACGAACCGUCAUACUCCCUCCUUUUUCCCUCUGAGAACAUUCUGCUUUUCCUCUCUGAUCUACUCAAAGCUUAUAGUUGAGUGACUGAAGUCACUGGAUCUCCUGCUGUUCUGUGAAAUAUUCACAGCUCAUAUCAUGACUUUGGUGGCAAAACAUAUUUUUUGUAAUGUAAAUAAUAAAAACACUUAAUAUAGGAUUUUAUGAUUGAUUUUAAUGAUGUUAUUUGAGUAUAGUAAAAAUGCAUGGCUUUAUGAAAAAAUGGAAAAAAAAAACAUGUACAAUAAAGGCAAAGUUUAAAAACUG